GACGCCUCAGAAGCUGGUAGCUCUUUCUCUCUUCAAGAUUGCUGAUUAGUGACUAGAACUUUAAAAGGCUUUGAUGUCAGGGGCAUAAAUGUCAGAAUCCAGUGGGGCCAGAAGAAAGCAGUGGAAAGAUGGCUAUUUGUAGUUUCAGUCCUGUUUUCGUGACAGACAAAGAGAAGACACGGGUGGAAUCACGGACAUCUGGCUUCAGGGUAGACCAGAGACCUCCCUGGUUCCUCAACAUCUGCCUGGCUGUGCAGCAUGUAUUGAUCCAGUCUUCCUUGCUGGUCCUUGUCCACAGCCUGCUCCAGCAGCACCUCUUGGAGGAGAAAAGAGCCCGGAUCCAAUCUACCUACCACCUAAUGGCAACAAGCCUGUUCAGCUCUGGCAUCUCGACUCUCCUUCAGACCACACUGGGCACCAGGUUGCCUCUAAUUCAGGCUCCGUCUAUGGAAUUCCUUAUACCUGCUAUUAUUCUCACGUCCCAGGAAGAAGGACAUCAUCAUGGAAAUGGGAGUGAGGUCACGUGCAGUGGUCCAUGGUGUGGAACUAAAGAAGACACCAUUACCUGGAAUAAGCCAAUCAGAGAGCUCCAAGGAGCUGUUGUAGCAGCAGGACUAGUUCAGGUGCUCCUGGGAAUCUCAGGCCUGAGCGGUCUAAUCCUGUGGCACUGUGGCCCAUUGGUGAUUGCACCCAUGCUCUGUAUCAUUGGGUUUUCCAUCUACAAGGAAGCUGCGCUGCUCUGCUCAUCACACUGGGGUAUUGCAACACUCAUAGUACUCCUCAUUGUCAUCUUGUCUCAACACCUGCAUGACUGCUUUUUCCCAGCCUGGGGAACAUGUGUACCAGAAGAGUCUCCCAAACCUUCUUACUACCCAGCCUGCAGGAUGCUCUCAGUGCUACUUCCUCUUCUGUGUGUUUGGAUCAUCUUUGUCCCUCUGGAAAUCACAGGUGUCUAUCCUCUGAAACACCCAGAGGAACUCAGCCAGCUGUCAAGACCAAUAAACCUCACCUACCAAGUUCCCUGGCUGAGACUGCCUAUUCCAGGAGGGGGAGACCUGCCGCUUCUGACCCCCCGCUGCAUCACUGCGGGCAUCGCGGCUGCCCUUUCCGCGGCCAUCAGCUCACAGGGCUGCUACAUGGUGACCGCCCGGCUCCUCGAGGCCCCCCCUCCUCCCCCUGGGGCCUGUAACCGGGGUCUGGCUUCAGAAGGCCUGGGCAGCAUCAUUGCUGGCAUGCUGGGCAGCGUGGGAGGUACCAGCACUAGCGUUCCUAAUGCCUGUGCACUGGGACUCAACCAGUGUGGCUCCAGACAAACAAUCCAGCUCUCUGCGCUGCUCUGUGUAUGCCUGGGAGUGUCCCCCAAACUCACACAGAUGCUGACUACAAUUCCUUUGGCAGUGCACGGUGGUGUUCUCAGUGUUACAUACGCAAUAGCUGUGGCCACUGGCAUCACGUAUUUCCAGUACACUCAUAUGGACUCAGGACGCAACAUCUUCAACAUUGGUUUUACAGUGUUCAUGGCACUCCUGGCACCACACUGGUUUAAUAGGAACCCCAGCAUAAUCUCUACAGGUGUCUCAAGCCUCGAUGUCUUCAUCCAGUCUCUGCUAACUAUGCCUGUGUUCCUUGUGGGAGUGCUGGCCUUUCUCUUAGACAACACUGUUUCAGGCACUCCAGUCGAAAGAGGUCUCCAUGCGGGGGUAACUGGAAAAGUAUUUAAAGGAGCAGAGGCCCUGGAGGCAGGGAUCGUAACCGAGCUCUACUGA